CAGUCAGCUGUCUGUCACUGUCAAGUCGCUGAAGUCGGCAGUCAGCUUUAAAAAACAACACAAAAAAAAUUAAAUAAAAGCAGUAAUCAAAAACCUCCAAGCCAUUUAUCAUUAAAAAUUAGUGGUAUAAAAUUGUGCAAGUUUUUUUUUUGCAAUAUGUCGCAGGCCCGGUUUACAUCGUGCAUUCCUUUGCCGUUGGAACACAAGUCGUUGGUAGGAGUUAUUGAGAAGGCCAAAGAUUGGGCUUUGAUGCACGGAGUAGGCAUGAGAGACAGGAAGAACUUCACCAAGGAUGCUAUCCAGAUUGCACCCUUUGUACUCCUGCCGUCUCCAUUCCCCCGGACAGAGUUCAACAAAGCUGUAGAACUGCAGCAAGUUUUAAAUGAGCUCAUGCAUAAGGUUGCCCACGAUGAUGACUUUCUGGAGCACACUUUACAAAACGCCCUGCAGGUGGAUGAGUUCACGGCAAACCUCUACGAGAUAUGGGUCAAGGUUCGGAACGAGGGCAUCGCUCAGCCGGUCUCGCUAGGCAUGCUGCGCUCCGACAUCAUGCUGGAGUCGCGCUGCCCCCACACAGAGAACCAGUGCGCGAAGCACACGCCCUACUGCUCCUGGAAGCAGGUGGAAAUCAACAGCAUCGCUUCGGGGUUCGGCCAUCUCGGCCCCGUCUCCAGAGAGAUCCAGAGCUACAUAUUGCGGCAAUUGGGAUACGCUGAUCUUAUAAAGAACAUGCCAGAAAACAAGGCCCUAUCCGGCCUCUGUUCCGGUAUCAUAGAGGCCUACGACCUCUUCGGUGUCACUGGUUCAGUGGCCCUGUUCGUGGUUGAAGAGGUUUCGUACAACAUCUGCGACCAACGCUUCCAUGAGUUCGAGAUAUCGGAGACUAGACCUGACAUUAUAAUAUACAGAAAAACACUAAAUGAAAUAUUUGAAGAGACAUCACUCAACGACAAGAAACAAUUGAUGCUAGACGAUAAAGUAGUCGCCGUAGUGUACUACAGAUCUGGGUACGAGCCGGCACAAUAUCCGACUCAAAAGGAAUGGGAUGCCAGACUCAGGGUAGAACGAUCCACAGCAAUCAAAUGUCCGUCCAUACACUACCAGCUGGCUGGUACGAAGAAGGUGCAACAGGCGCUAGCGGCGCCCGGCGCUCUCGAACGAUUCUUAGGUGCUGGCGCUAUUUCGGGCCGCGUACGAGAUAUCUUCACCGGACUGUAUUCGCUGGACUUUGACGACAGCGGCGAGAAAGCGGUCGAGAUGGCUCUGGCAGACGCUGAAAGGUUCGUGUUAAAACCCCAGCGCGAGGGCGGCGGCAACAACCUGUACGGAGCCGACGUCCGCGAAGCGCUACUCAAGAUGAGACACAGCCGGGAGCGAGCCGCGUACAUCCUCAUGGAACGGAUAUUACCACCACUGGUUUCCGGAUACGUGGUCCGCCCGGGCGGGCCAGUGCCACCGCCGCUCACGGACCUGGUCUCCGAGCUCGGUAUCUUCGGCGUCAUUAUCGGAUCAAAAAACAAAAUCUACAGCAACCGGCAGGUAGGGCACAUGCUCCGUACAAAACUAGCGGAUGCCGACGAAGGUGGGGUCGCAGCCGGUCUGGGAGCUCUCGACUCACCGUAUCUACUAGACUUGUAACUUACCUUACCUUACUGUAACCAUGGAAACUGAUAAGUUACAAGCUCGAAGGCGGGAUCGGAGCCGGUCUGGGAGCUCUCGACUCACCAUACUUACUCAACUUGUAACUUACCUCACCUAACUGUUACCAUAGCAACCGGCAAGUAAGGCACAUGCUGCAGACAAAGUUGGCCUUAAGGAUCGACUCGCCGAACCUACUCUACUUGUAACACACCUUACCUUAGCUGACUGUAACCAUUAGCAAAGGGUAAGUAAGAUCUCAUCACAAGAUACGAACUAAACUUACCUCGGGGCUCUUGAUCACCGUAUCUACUCGACUUGUAACUUACCUACUGUAACCAUAGCAACCGGCAAACACAAGCGAGCGAAGCUCACUUUAGGGCUUAACUUGCCGUACCUACUCCACUUGUAACUUACCUUACUGUAACUAUAGCAACCGGCAAGAAUAUGCUGUGAACGAAGCUCAAUUUGGGACUCUAGACUCGUCGUGCACCUGGCUGUAACCAUGGCAACCGGCGACUAGGUAUCUUCGGACUUAGUUCCCUGAUACUGACGAGAACGGGGUCAGAAAUCAGAAGUAUUGACUUUAUUUUGUUACUUGUAUUUAAUUUGGGACCCCUAGGUUGAAUAUCGUGUAGCAAACUUUCGCUAUUUAGAGCUAAUAUUUUAACUCUGUCAUAAUGUUUACCAUGGACAACAUUACGUUUCGUUCUUCACAUUAAACUAUUUACUUGACUGACACUGACACGACAUAUGUCGAAAACCGUAAUGAUAGCAUUUUGCAAAGAGGUUAUGAGUCAAGGGUCGAUUAGAUAUGACAUUUCAUGUCUUAACUUGACUAUAACUUGACAUUGAACAUUAUUGCACUAAAGUGUCGACCUUAUUGCAUUAUGUGUGUUGUGUCGGAAUAAAUUAAUUUUAAUUUAAUUUAAUUUAAUUAUGAAUGUUCUAAUAACAUUUAACGGAAAUGGGUCACAAAUGAAUGCUCGUGACUGUACCUACGGUUCACCUUGGCCUGACGAUUCAAUACAUAACUAAGGAAGAAGGAAAGAACCCUGAAGCUACAUACGUUUAUUACGUAGAUAAGAGCCGUAAGAGGUACCUUUAGUAGUAGAUCAUUUUUAAUUGGAAACUGUGAUCUCGUCGUUCAGCUGACUAGUGGAAACUUGCAAAGUGAAAAUUAUACUUUUGGCCGAAUAAAGUUGCCCAAGGAAUGUGCCGUUGCUAUUGACACCAAGUAUUUAUGAGUGUAAAAUAUUUUUUAUGAAUGAAAAAAACAUGCACAUACCAGUAUUGCUAUUACCAUCAAAUGUAUGUGUAUAAAAUAUUUUUUUAUGAAUGAAAGAACAUGCACAUACCAGUAUUGCCAUCAAAUGUGUGUAAAAUAUUUAUGAAUGAAAAACAUGCACAUACCAGUAUUGCUACGUAUUGCCAUCAAAUGUAUGUGUGUAAAUUUUUUUUUUAUGAAUGAAAAAACAUGCACAUACCAGUAUGUAUUGCAGUGCUAUUGCCAUCAAAGGUGUGUAAUUUUUAUUAAUGAAAUUAACAUGCACAUACCAGUAUUGCUAUGGCCAUCAAAUGAAUGUGCAAAAAAAUUUUUUUAUGAAUGAAAAACAUGCACAUACCAUUAUGUAUUGCCAUCCAAUGUAGGUGUGUAAAAUAUUUUUUACGAAUGAAAAACAUGAACAUACCAGUAUUGCCAGUUGGGAUAAAAAAAAAAUGUAAAACUUGCCGAUGUCGCAAUAUUGUUUGAAUUUCAGAUACCGCAUUUUUUAUCUUUUACUUGGGAAUAUUUUUAUUCUGUAUUAGAAUUACAUUCCAAAGAUUUUUUUAUUAUUAUUUUAUCAUGAAAUAAUUAAUGGGUUUGUACAGUAAACUUAAUGUAA